GCUUCGCGCAGAUUUGACCUUAAUAACAUGAGUUGGCGCGCUUUCAUCAAGCCCAUAUUUGUUGUUUGCUAUUCUUUACUUAUAUGUAUUACACUUCCUUUUCUGAUUUUAAAGCUGUACGAAAAAUCGGCUCCGGCAAUAGUCAGCGCGUGGUUCGUCGCCGGACUUUUUGUUCUAGGUGCAAUACCUAUAUCACUAUGGACCAUAAUUGAGCACAUGAUCAAUUACACCAAUCCACUUCUUCAAAGACAUAUUAUCAGAAUCUUGUGGAUGGUUCCGAUUUAUGCUGCUGAUGCGUGGUUGGCACUGAUUUUCCCUUCAUUUGCAAUUUACUUUGACACGUUAAGAGAAUGCUAUGAAGCUUAUGUCAUUUACAACUUUCUUGCGUUUUUGCUUAAUUAUUUGAGGAGCGAGUUUCCUGACUUACGAUGCGUUAUUGAACAGAAGCCACAAAUGAAACACUUGCCGCCGUUUUGUUUCUUAAACUCUUGGAAAAUGGGAAGUUAAUAUACCAUUCCUAUCACGCAUGGUAUAGAUCGGCUAUUUUAAGAUAACUCUUGUAUCUUUAAAUAGUAGUUGUGGCGUUCUUUCUGAACCCGUCAUGUCAAUCAGCCAGUCACUUUGCAAAUAAAAUACUGUGACCAAAAUGUUACGGAAAAUAUUCUUUUGAUUGUGCAUCUAUGUGGAGUUUUGUUUAUUGUACAAAAUUUUCGUGAUUGUAAAUAACUCCGGAGUAUUUUUUCCCUUAGAACGUAUCCACAUUUAUUUAUCUUUAAACUUUUGUUUAAAUCGCAAACGUCUGAAGUUUUUGCCAUUUUUUUACAAUCUAAGAUUCACGGGAAAAUAGUUGAAACCACUUGUUCAAUCAACCUUUAACUGUGUAUUCAGUUUUGAUUUAAUUCAUUAGUUCGUAUUAUGAAAUUCAAUCACCUUUUUCUUUUUGGUUUGGCUUCGACUACAAAGACACUGUAAAUACUUAGGGUACUCACGUCAUUAACUCUCGUAUCGCUUUCACUGCCCUGGUCGUUCAUUAUUUAUGCGCAUAUACCAGUUUCCCUCCUUAGUAAUCUAAAUAAAUUUUAGAGGUUCAUGUGGAUGUGGCUUACUUCUCUUCCAGGGUCAUUACUUCAAAAAGGUAUCCUUUGGUUUGGUUGAUUUUCGUCCGCUAGAUUUCUCCUGAUUUCUCACCACUUUAGGUUCACUGAACUUAGAUCUGUUGCUUACGUUUUUUCUGUAUAAAGUAUAAAGUGGUAAGGCUGAUCUGUUUUCUAAAAGUGUAUACCUGUGGUCAGCUUACUUAUUUUACGCAUUACACAAAUAUUGUCCAAUAUGUGUAUUUUCUUUCCUUAAAUGAAUACUCAUUUUCAAUCGCUGUCCUAUCUAAAUCUUAGGUUUUGGAGACAAUCAUGACUUAGAUUCGAUUUGUAGUUUAUUUUCGUCAUAAUUUGGCAUCAAAUGGGAUGUUGUUGGUAACCCAAUAAUUUUAUGAUACUUCAAUUGCUGUUAACUCAUGGCAAAACUAUGCAAACUUAUCGUCAGUUUAACACUUAGGGCAAGAAAAAUUGCAAGCAAAUCCUCAUGGUACUCAAUAACAAAGCCAGGAAGAUCUUUUAUUGGUCUUUAGGUCUUUUAUUGAUGUUAUGCUUCUUCGUCUUUGUAUGAUGAUAUCGUGUUUUAAAAGUAAAAAAUGUUUAAUUCACUGGUUAGUAUUAAAUAGACACAAGAAAUACUUUUUAGUUAUAAUAUCUUUAGAAAUAUAGUUUUGUUGUUAUAAAAAUACCAUACUCUCAGCUUGAUUCAUGUCACACUAUUCCUGUCUUCGGUGAUGGUCCGAAUGAAGUUAAUUCUUUUUAUCUGUUACAGAGUAUUCAUUGACCACUGUCGUCACGGGGCCUUGCAGUACACCGUUAUUCGUCCACUAACAACUGCUAUUGCACUAAUAUGUGAAAUGGUUGGCGUUUAUGGUGAAGGAGACUUCAACUUUCGCCACGCGUUCCUUUACUUGACUAUUAUAAACAAUGUCUCUCAAAUUUGGGCACUCUAUUGUUUAGUAAUGUUCUAUCGGUGUACUCGAUUAGAAUUAAGUCCAAUGAAACCGGUCGCCAAAUUUCUAUGCGUCAAAUUCGUUGUUUUCAUGUCUUUCUGGCAGUCCAUUUUAAUCGCAGUACUUGCUGCUACUGGUGUUAUCAGAAAGGUGGAAGCCUGGAAACUAUAUGAUGUUCAGUCUAUUGGUAUCGCACUACAAAAUUUCGCUAUAUGUAUCGAGAUGUUCAUUGCCGCAAUAGCCCAUCACUUCUCUUUCACUUGGACGCCAUAUGUCGAUCCUAAUUCGGAACCAACGAGUUGUUGUUACUCAUGGCGGUCUAUGUGGGAUGUGUCUGAUAUGCGUCGAGAUGUUGUAGAACAUGUCAAGCACAUCGGUCAUAGUGUAAGACAUUUUAAUUUCUCCUCCGACCGUCAACUUUCAAGCCGUCACAGUCUUUCAGGAACUUAUCACCGAGUUGUAUCUCUUGACGCUGAUGAAGUCGAUUGUAAUGGUAUUGCAUACUGUGACAACGAAAUCAACCCUCUUCUUUCAAAUCAGGUUUCCAGUUCUGAAGUAGGAAUUGGAUCUGAAUUACUUCGUGUUAGGAAUUCCGGGGAUAAUAUUCAAACUGAAAAGAUAGUCUAACUCUAACGCUGAAAUUAUUCUCUACUAACUUGUAACAAUCCAUGCAGUGCUAUAUAUUUUAAAUAUUUUUUUCUUUUAACCCUCACAUUUAUUUGAUAUUUUCAUCUGAUCAUGUGUAAAACAGAGCCAACGAUUAUAACGUAUGUAUAUCCCUCUUAUUAUUUUUUUAUAAGAAUAUCUUUGUGUACAAAAGUUCUAUUUCUGCUUAUCUUUACUUGUAAUUAACCUGCUUGCUAAAUAAUAAAAUUGUUAAUUUUCUCUUUUAUCUUUUAUUUUGUCAAAUACUAAGUAUUCUAAUCAGGUUGUUGUGAAUUUACAGGAGCAUAAUGUGAUAUUUUGUUUGUUUAACGUUUCGAUAAAAAUAAGCUUUCGUAAUUAAUUACAAAUAUUUGUGUAAUUAUCAUUUUCGGUCACUUUACAUCUGUACUCAACUUGUAUUAUAACAAUAAUUUGUUUAAAAAUACAGCAUAAAAUUAUAAUUUUGAAGGUGUUCUAGAUGAGGGCUAGCAUAAACCUAAAGUUAUAUAUCAGAAUGAUAGAUAAUUGAUAUUUGUUGAUCUAGAGCUCAUUCUAAUAUACUUUGAGGUAUGUAAAAUGAAUUGACAUUUUUAGUUAUUAGAAGUGUAAUUAAUUGUUUUAUUGAACAACUAAGAAAUUAGUUACCUUCAUUAACUACAGUUCCAAAUCCACUUUUAAAUCUUUUAGUCAAAUAACAUCGUCCUAACGUAUAAAUCAGGGUCCAGGAUGUCGUUUAAGUACUGUUCAUUGAUGGUUCGCGGUAAUAUAUAUAUGCUAAUCAAUAUCACGAUAGAAACCAUUUAAGAAGGGACUUCUUAAAUUUCUGUUAAACUUUGGUGAUUCCUAUGUAUGUGUUUUAGUAGUCAUGGAUUUCAAAGUAAUGGUCAUCUCAACGAAUAAUGCACUCGGUUUUCAGCCAUUGACCUUAGAUUCAAAACCGAUUCGACCUACUUCUGGUUGUGGAAAGCGGUGGUAUCAGUAUUUCUUACAGUAGUAUGACUCAAACCUAAGAAUAAACUAAACUUCACCUGAUUAGUGAGUUACAUUCGUAAAAUAAAUAAUCGUAUUUAUUUACAUCAUUGUUUAACAAAGCCUUCGUAUGGUUGGACUUGGUGUCAUGUUACUAAUCUCCCUUCUUAUAAAAGAGGCAGAGAUCCACUCUGCGAUGAUAUUUGAUAAAUGAUUUUGUCUAAUAUAUGGUUAUCCAAUGUUUAGGCGAAACUGGAAAAAUUUACUAUCCAUUUGAUUUUGAUCCUAAAUUUCACUCCUGUGAGUUUGAAGUAAAUUUCGCGCCUAUUUUCCGGCUACUAAUAAAUUUGGGAUAGUUCAUUAAUGGCAUAUAUCUUUUUUCUGAUUGUGAAAUGAAGAGACUUAGGUUGUGUAUAACUGUAAUUUUUCUGUAACCUGUCUUUAACCUUUAUCUACAUCAAUUUAAGCUGUUUUCUCUAUUUCGGUGUACAAACCAACAAAGGUAGAAGACUUCAGUUAGUUACUAGCGUUUGUUGACAUAUAUCUCCAAAUGACUUAUAACAUCAUCAAUUAAGUAGUUCUGAGAUCAAGCGUAGGGUUCGGUGUAGGCA